AUGGCAACCUUUCAAGCUACGCAGCAAGAAUAUGACGCUGAGUACGAUGCAGUUUCCGAAAUGGAAGAAAAAGUUAGUGGAGCAGGAGUCAUCGUAGCCAUCAAACCACAAGAAUGGAUAGAAGAAAAGGAAAUACAAAAGCAGGCGGCCAGAGAAAAGUUAUUCCUCGAAGUUCUCCAGCUGCAACAAGCACAAAACGCAGCGGACAUUCAGCAACUCAUGGCAGCCACUCCUGCAGCCAAACCAACACAGGCAGCCCAACAAUCCACAAAACUGCCUCAAAGACAAAUUAAGCCAUUCAAAGGGGACAUCCUCGAAUGGACCCCAUUCUGGGAAUCAUUUAACGCUGCAAUCCACUCUUCUUCACUUUUAGCGGUACAGAAAUUGGACUAUUUGAGGGAGUACCUAAAGGGAGAAGCAUACUUAUUCGGGGAAAGUCUAGAACUCACCGACGCUAAUUAUACCAUAGCUAUCGACGAAUUAAAGAAAACUUACGGACCAAAGGACGUACUCAUCGAUGCUUAUUUCAACAAAUUGGACACACUUCAACCGGUGAAGGAUGCAAACCACAUCACUACCCUCAAGAUCUUCUACCUGAACGUACAGUCGCCUAUCAAUGGCUUGGAAACAUUAGGAGUCUCCAGAAACACGUUUAGCGGACUUUUAGGAUCCAGACUAAUCAAGCUGAUCCGCCACAAGCUACAAGCAAAAUUGGCAGAAUCUUCUGCGAACGUUUCAACCAACAUUGACGGAGCGAUCAAGUUCAUCCGUAAACAGGUUGAAACAGCCGAAAGAUUAAAUCGACUGAAACAGGAGAAGCCAAAACCUCCUCCAACGCCACCACCACAGAGACAAUUCGUGGGUACGCCAGCUACAGCAUCACAAGUAGUGGAAGGAGCCAGUAAACCAACGGCUCCAAGUUUCAAACAAUAUUUUCAGACUAAGACUUCAUACCCGUAA